AUGGGUUUAGGUAGUAAGGUGAACAAAUUCAGUUUCGGUGAUAAUGAUCUCACCGAAAACGAAGGUGCCGAUGGAGAUUCUCGCGACGAAGGAGAUGGGUUUGGUUCUGUUUCGUGUUCGAUUUGUCUCGAGACGGUUGUUGAAAAUGGGGAUCGAGCUUGGGCUAAGCUUCAAUGUGGUCACCUCUUUCAUCUAGACUGUAUUGGUUCAGCUUUCAAUGCAAAGGGGGUGAUGCAAUGCCCUAACUGUCGGAAAGUAGAGAAAGGCCAGUGGCUUUACGCAAACGGUUGCCGUUCAUAUCCUGAAUUCAAUGUCGACGAUUGGGUUCACGAAGAGGAAAUUUUUGAUAUCGGAGCAUACUCUGAACUGUCUUUUGGAGUUCACUGGUGCCCGUUUGGAAGUUCAGCGCGUCUUCCUUCGUUUGAGGAUGGAGAAUUUUCGCCGAGUUCAUAUCAUGAGCUCAUGGGCCAACAAGGUUACUUUACAGAACCAGCAGCGCCAACAGCGGGACACCCGUGUCCAUAUGUAACCUACCUUGGCCCUCUUCAUUCGUCUUCCUCUAGCACCGGCGGUGCUGCAGCUGUUUCAGACAGUUCGAGUUUCAAUAGUCACUGGAACACUGGCUCAUCUGUUUCCAGUGAAGUCCCAACUCCUUAUGGCUUCCCUGUGGAUCCGCAUUACCAUGGAUGGGAUUAUCAUUCCCCUCCGCCCCGACUGCCACAGCAUUUCUCUGCUUCUGGCGCUCACGUGGGCAGCCCAACUCAGCCAACGCCUCCACCAGCCGCUGCGAGGACAUCCCGAGCUAACGGCUCAGAUGUGAUCAGACCUAGACCACCGCAUUUCAUGCGUCCCUAUCAUGGUCACAGUUCCAGUGGUAGAGCCGGUAGCUCGGUGGCAUCUGUUCCGAGGACACCGCCUUUUCCGGGUAGCAAUGCUCGAACCAGAGACAGAAUGCAAGCUCUUCAAGCGUAUUACCAACAGUCUUCUGGGCAGUCCCACCAACCGGAUUCUCCCAUAGUCUCUCGUGGGCCUGUAUUCCCGUCUGGGCGGAGGCCCGGUAGAGGAAUAGCUUCGGGGAUGGGAUCAAGUUCAUCUUCUUCUGAUCAGGCAGGAGGAAGUGGGUUUAUCCGGUUCAACAUAUGGGAGAGAGAUCCUUACAUGUCGCAACAACAAGCCUACUCGGUUAACCAAAUGGAUAGAGAACCAUCCAUUUGGACAUCUUCGUUCAACGAAGGAUCUGGAAGCUUCCAUCAGAGGCACAAUGGCGGAUCAUCGUAA